AUGCCCCUUGUCGAUCAAGGCUUGGUGCUGAAUAAACAAGAAUUCAGAGACUCUCUGCGUUUAAGGUAUAAUAUGCCCUGGUCCGACUUACUCAGCAAGUGUGUUUGUGGUGAGAAGUAUUCCGUCUGCCAUGCCCUGUCAUGCAAAAAGGGAGGGUUCGUGUCGCAGAGACACGAUGGUGUUCACAACCUACUUACCUCUCUUAUUGGUAAGGUUUGCACCAACGUUGAAGUCGAACCACACUUACAACCUCUCGAUAAUGAGCGAUUCAACGUCAGAAGCCCGGUAACAAGCCCGGAGGCAAGACUGGACUUCAAGGCAGGGGGCUUUUGGUCUCGUGGAGUUACAACAUUUUUUGAUGUCAGAGUAACGCAUGUUAACUCCAAGUGUAUCCGGGGAAAAACAACAACCGCAAUCUUUAAGGAGCAGGAGGAGGAGGAAAAGCGGAAGUACCAAUAG